AAAACAAUAAUCCUAGGGAAUUAGAUCUGGUUAUUCGAUAAGUAUUUUUUUUUUUUAAUAAUAAUAAUUUCGAGAUAUUUCUCUGUGCUAAACUUGUUCACACAAGAUAUGAUAUAACAAUAUUAAUUUAUUAAAAUGUGGAGGUAUUAUUACAUUUACAUUGUAUUAAACGUUAUACUUGAUUUUAUAUCUGGCCAGGGAAUUAAAAGUUUCGAUGAUACUGUUUUAUUUCAAAUUAAUUGGCCAGAGAAAAGUGAUACCCAACCAUUAGAUACCCCAAACAAUGUUGAGUUUUAUCCUAUAACAAGUGCAAACAAUGAACAAUAUGUAUGUUCGAUACCUGAUACAAUAGAGCAAGAUCAUAACAAUGCUCAAGUAUCUAAAGGAGCUAAUCCAAUAGAAAUGUUGUCAAUAUUAUUUAUUCAAAAAACAUGUUCUUAUAGAUUAGAAUCAUAUUGGACGUAUGAAUUAUGUCAUGGUCGUUUUGUACGCCAAUAUCAUGAAGAUAGAGAAGGGAAAAAAGUUAAAACUCAGGAAUAUUAUCUUGGUACUUUUGACAUAUCUCAAAAGUUCAAACUUUCUGUCGAGUAUGAUAAAAUGAUUAAAAAGUCAGAUAUACCGGUUAAAAACAUUGAUGGCAUUAAUAUGCCGUAUGUUGAAAUUAAAAUGGAAGAUGGUACGCUAUGCGACCUAAACAACAAACCAAGAAUGAUAAGAGUUCUAUACGUGUGUUAUCAUCUUGGGAAAAAUGAAAUAUUUUCAUUGAAAGAAACGUCAAGUUGUGAAUACGAAGCCAUUAUUCUAACACCUUUCUUAUGUUUUCACCCCGACUAUGAACCACAAGAUUCAAAAGAAAACAAAAUUGAAUGUCGUCCUGUUGAUUCUACGCCACAAAAACCUAGAGCGCUUGUCGCCAUGGAAACGGAGAGUGCUAAACUUCGAAAUCAAAAAGUAGCGGAUAAGCUGCAGAAAAUCUAUGCGAUCUUCCAUGUAGAUAAGGAGGGCCAGGAGGGCGAUGGUCGUGUAAGGGUUGAAAUACGUUCAGUUGAUAUUGUCGAUAAACAUAACGGCGCGGAAGAUUCCGUCAAUUUGCUAAUAGACCAAAAUGUAACUCCUGCUGAAAGUAAUUCAGUUCAAAGCUUUCUUAGCGGGAAAAAUUGCUUACAUGGAGGAAACGGUUGGUGGAAAUAUGAAUUCUGUUUUGGACGUUCUAUAGUCCAGUAUCAUAUAGAAAAAGAUGGCAGUAAAACUAUCGUCAGUCUUGGUAAAUUUAAUAAGGAAAAACAUUUGGAAUGGAUCGCCGCUCAUCCUAAUAAGAAACCGGAACCUCAGGAAACGCGUAAACAUUUGUCACAUUUUUAUAGCGACGGAAGUAUUUGCGAUAAAACUGGCCAGUUACGACAAACCGAAGUUAAAUUAAAAUGCGUUGAAAAUCGAAUGGGAAGUCCAUCCAGUAUAUCAUUAUUUUUAUUAGAGCCAAAAACGUGUAAAUACGUAUUAAAAGUUGAAUCCCCAUUGAUCUGCGAUAUUUUAGAAUAUGCCGAUGAAAAUGGUCUAUUGAGUGAAAAAUUCGAGGCUGAUUUUUCUAAAUUAAAAAUAACAGCUCUUCAUAUAGAACAGGAAGAUGAUCUAGAUGAAAGAAUAGCAAACGGGGAUGAUUAAUAAACGAUUAGAUUCUUUUGUAA